CGGAAGUAAGACGUUUAUUGACAAUAUGGCCGUUGAGCUCAUUGAGCUGGGCUCGGAUUUUGUGGGAAAUUGUGAUUUGACAGCGGCGCCGCGACGACAACCCGUUUCCGCCCGCGGGAGUGUGAGGAACCGAUGCACUUGAAUGAAGGGAGCCGCGAGCGCACGGGACGGUGUCAGUGAGCCGAGGAAGCGUCCGGAGUGUGGAGCCCGUCAUGUCGUUUUUCAAGAGGAAAGCCAAAAGCAAAGAACCCGAGAGAGUGACGGAUGCUAAAGUCAAUAGAGCUCCAGUCAGCCCCCACUCUCCAUCAUUAGGACUGAGGAACCACCAUGCCAUCCAGGAGGCUGCAGGGCCCAGCCAUGUGGCCAUCAACGCCAUCUCUGCCAACAUGGACUCCUUCGCCCGCGGUCGCACCGCCAUCCUCAAGAAGCAGCCAAGCCACAUGGAGGCCGCACACUUUGGAGAUCUGGGUCACUCCAGUGUGAACUAUCAGCCACAGGAGACCCGCUCUCGCCUGUCCAAGACCGUGGACCAGGUCCUGCGGGACAAUGUGGCCAUUCCCCACUACAUGCAUUUCAUGGAAUUGCAGGGCGCAGACCACCUGGUCCGGUUCUGGUUGGAGGCCGAGAGUUUCCGCUCCAGCAGCUGGUCGCGAAUCAGAGCGCACAGUCUAAAUUCUGUCAAACAAAGCUCCUUGGCCGAGCCAGUCCCCGCCUCGCCAGGUGGCUCGGCACUCCCAGUGACGUUCCCACACACACCCAAUGCCCUCUCGCGGGACAGUAGCAGUGAAGAUGCUUGGGUGCCGCCACAGUGGCAGGACUCCUCCUCCAGCACAGAAGCCGGCCUGAGACCCGGGACCCCCCAAGCUGACACCCCCAGCAGGCAGACACCUUCCAGUACAGGGACUCCCUACAAGUUGCAGUCCAACAGCACCCUGCGGGAGCUCUCUGACAAACUCAUGAAAAGUAUAGAGAAAGAUGCAAUCACCAUCUUCACCAAGUACAUCUCUCCGGACGCUGUGAGGCCCAUCCCCAUCACAGAACAGUUCAGGAAUGACAUAGUUGCUAAGAUAUGUGGAGAAGAUGGCAUGGUGGACCCAAACUGCUUUGUCAUUGCACAGUCGCUAGUGUUGGCCAUCUUGGAGCAACAGCACUUUAUUGAAUUCCUGCGGAGCCAUCAUUUCUGUAAAUACCAGAUUGAAGUGUUGACGAGUGGCUCAGUGUUCCUGGCCGACAUCUUGUUCUGCGAGUCGGCUCUCUUCUACUUCUCUGAGUACAUGGAAAAGGAGGAGGCGAUGAAUGUGCUGCAGUUCUGGCUGGCGGCGGACAACUUCCAGAACCAGCUAGCAGCUAAAAAGGGCCAGUAUGACGGCCAGGAGGCGCAAAAUGACGCCAUGAUCCUCUAUGAUAAGUAUUUCUCACUCCAAGCUACCAACCCUCUGGGCUUUGGCGACUCCGUGCGGAUGGAGAUAGAGUCGAACAUCUGCCGGGAGGGAGGGCCUCUCCCCGACUGCUUCACCACUCCACUGAGACAGGCCUGGACGACCAUGGAGAAGGUCUACAUGCCAGGCUUCCUGUCCAGCAACCUUUACUACAAAUACCUGAGUGACCUCAUCAACUCGGUGCGGGCGGACGAAUUUGUGAAUGUCAGCACUCCAGGUCAGAGCGGGCCGGCGGAUAACGACCGCUCAAGCUCAAAUGCCAGCGAGGGCUCGCAGACUCAGCAAAGCGCCAGAAAGGCGGCAAUCAAGAUCCUGAAGAACUUCGACGAGGCGAUCACUGUGGACGUCGCCAGUCUGGACCCUGAGUCCUUGUACCAGCGGCCGUACGCUGGGAAGAUGACGUUUGGGAAGGUGAAUGAGAUGGGCCAGUUCAUCAGGGAGGCAGAGCCAGAGCCGGAUGUGAAGAAAUCCAAAGGCUCCAUGUUUUCUCAAGCCAUGAAGAAAUGGGUCCAAGGCAACUCAGAUGAGGCUCAGGAGGAGAUGGCCUGGCAGAUCGCCAAGAUGAUCGUCAAUGACGUCGUCCACCAGUCAGGUCACGACAGCCCCGGCAAGGCCACCAAGUUAUGACCCCGCUGAGGAACCAAAGGGCUGACACUCCCCGUCCGACACUGGCACGGGACGGUGACGAAACGUGCGCAGGGUUUCACCCCGCGAUGAACAUAAUUUCUCGGAGAACGAACAAGGCUUUUUAUCACCUCCCCAACCACCAUGUCCCUGUGUGUGUGUGUGUGUGUGCGCGCGCGCGUGUGUGUAUGUGUGGUUGAGUGAUUGUUCGGGCAUGGGUUUGUGGGAAAACUUGAAGUACAUCAUUGUUCGGAUCUUCCAACUCCAUAAACAUUAUAAAGGUACACGUGUAGUCAAAAGCAAAGUGGAGCAAAGAGCUCGCAUCCGACUGGAGGAGGUCGCUCCUCAGGACGGAAACGUUCACCAUUAGAGCACGCUGGCACGAAGAAGCAGCAUCUGUCAGGACGGUCGCCGUGUGGCUGCAGCCGUAGUGUUAGUACAAUGUCUCAUCUUGGACCUAUGGAGGACAUAACUAAGACUGAAUGACCUUCUCCCCCUCGUGACACUCCUACCCACACCUUUUAAAAAAGCAUUCCUUGUUUUUAAGAUGAAGAUCUCCUCAAAGAAUCAGCUAGUGAAAGACAAAGCAGAUGAAAAUCAGCAGUUUGGAGCGUUGUACAGUUUUUGCAUUCGCUUCCCCCCCAUCCUGCCUGGAGUGGUUUAGUCCCGCCACUCCCUGGCGUGAGCUGUCCCGGGACUGUGACAAUGAAACGGAACCUCCCGGCGCCUUCACCUUGUAGAAGAAUAAAUACUCCUUAUUGAACUGAAGUGCUCCAGUUGUGUUGGAAAACUCCAAACUCCAUGUCUCCUAAAUGUUUUUACAUUUCUGGUUUACCGCAAAUGUCCCUUUUAUGGUGAUCGUUUUUAUUUCAUUGUUUUUUAAAAUGCAUCACUGAAGCAAAGGACUGGAUUAACAGACUGUUCAACUGGAGAGUGUGCUCAAUGAAUUAAACUUAUUUUUCUUUUUCUUUUGAGCCUUAUCAUGAUGUGGAAAAGAACCAGAAAAGACUCUUGGUACUAUGUACCAGUAAUGUUUUCUGACAUGUAUGUAUGUGUGUACGUAAUCUAUAAUAUAUUUAAAUUGUGUUUGAUUUAAAUACAUAUAUUAUGAAAUGUUU